GUAACCCCUGCUGCCCUCUGACGGUUGCAUUUGAGGUGUGGCUGAGGCGGUGGUGUGCGGCUUGCCGGGCGCUGCUGCUGUUUUUGAUAAGACCGAGAUUGCUCCCGGCAUUGAGUCGGCUAGAGCAUGGCGGCCAUCCGGAAGAAGCUGGUGAUCGUGGGCGACGGCGCCUGCGGAAAGACCUGCCUGCUGAUCGUGUUCAGCAAGGACCAGUUCCCCGAGGUGUACGUGCCCACCGUCUUCGAGAACUACGUGGCCGACAUCGAGGUCGACGGCAAACAGGUGGAGCUGGCGCUGUGGGACACGGCCGGCCAGGAGGACUACGACCGGCUGCGGCCCCUCAGCUACCCGGACACGGACGUGAUCCUCAUGUGCUUCUCGAUCGACUCGCCCGACUCGCUCGAGAACAUCCCUGAGAAGUGGACGCCCGAGGUCAAACACUUCUGUCCCAACGUGCCCAUCAUCCUGGUCGGCAACAAGAAGGACCUGCGGAACGAUCCGAACACCAUUAAAGAGCUGAGCAAGAUGAAGCAGGAGCCGGUGCGGCCGGAGGAGGGGCGCGCCAUGGCUGAGAAAAUCAACGCCUUCGCCUACCUUGAGUGCUCGGCCAAAAGCAAGGAGGGCGUCCGAGAGGUGUUUGAGACUGCCACGCGCGCGGCCUUGCAGGUGAAGAAGAAGAAGCGCGCCCGAUGCCGGCUGUUGUAGGUGGCUCGGCCGCUGUCAGGACACGCCGCGCGGCCGGCCAGCGCCACCCAGCGGCCGACCAGCGCUACCCAGCGACCGGCCAGCGCGGCCCAGCGGCCGGCCGAGCGCUGCCCGCUUCCCGCCGCCUCGCUCUGAUUCAAUAAUCCGGUGAUUGAGCGUCCCGGUGCGGGCGCGGCGUCCCUCCUCUCCCACUGUCGCCGCUUCCAGACCCUCGUCUGCCUCGCGCGCUCGUGAUUGGCGCGCCGCGCGUCGCCGCCGCCAGCGCGCGCCCCCAGCGGGCGCGGACGCCGGCGCCGAACGCUGAGGGUGCGGCCCGCCGCUGUCAGGGACCGCGCGCAGCCGCCGGCCAGCAGGGCCGAUCGUGCCGGGAGCCCGCCGCCGCCGUAUGUGACUGUCAAUGUGUGGCAUUGUGUAAUCAGUAUCCGCAGUAGCUAAAGCUAUCGUUCCGUCGCAGCAGGCGAAUUGUCACAACUGCGAUGAUGCUGAGAUGUUUUGAUAUUUCCAUGGAUCCUUCGUACCAAUAAAUUUAUUUUAAAAUCACAAUA